CCCAUGUGAAAUUUUUUUGAAUGUAAACGCGUUUAAAACGCGUUUCGGAUGCGUUUCAGACGCAUGGUACAAACGUACCAAACGCGACGGAAAUGAAACAUUUGAUGCAUCUAGACGCAGCUCGGGAACGCGUGUAGAUGCGUUUACCGAACGUGUUUACACGCGUUUGCUGAUCGAAACGCGUGCAAACGCAUCUGAUCGGACGGUGAAACAUUAG